UAAUGUUCAUGCCCUAAAAAUUGCCACAACCGCAAGACACCCGAAAUUAAAGCAGCCCUCACAUAUCACCAGAAAACUUCUCAUUUUCUCUGUUCUCUGUUUUUCUCUCUCCAAAGAAACCCACCAAAAAUCUUUUCUUGCUGUGCACCAGCCUGUUUCCCUCCGGUUGGGUAUAGGGGAGAGAAUCAAACCAAUUCUUCUCUCCCCAAUACCCCUUCCGACCGCACAAUUAUGCCUUGGAUUUACCUUUCUUCCAACUUUUGUUGCUGCUAUCAUCGCCACCGUCACCGCGGCCACCACCACAGUACUGUUCAGAUAUUUGCUAAUAGUUUCCGCCCUUGCCAUCAUCAUCAUCUUUUAUAGCCAACGUGUGUGCCAUGUUCUUUAUUCCUACUUUACCAUUCCUUGACUCCUCCAUCGACUUUGCCACCAUCUCCUUCAUCGCUGCCCUCCUCCUCCUCUCUCUUUUCUCUAUCUACUUCAUAUUUCACCUCCGUUUUAAAUCCAAAAGCUCCCAUCAUUUGCAGAAUUUCAACUCUCUCUGGACCGUCCGAUUCCUUUUUGUCUUCUUCAUCACGUUCUGGGCCUUGACCGAACUGCUUCGCUUACCCUUGUUUCGCAGACGAUACGUUUAUCCUCUCGUGCCACAACUAACCGUGCCACAACAAGCCAACCUCUGCAAAGUCCACCUUGUUCUCUCUUUAGGGUUCUUCGAGCCUGGUUUCCUAGUAACCCUACUUUUCUUGCUUGAUGUCUCCGUUAAGAAAACAAGCCCACGAAGCUUAUUCAGCGUUUUCUUUGUCUUGGCCUCCUGUCUUCCCAUUUUCAUUCUACAAGUUGACUUUCUCUUCUUCCAGGGUCCGGAGAUACGUUUCCCAGAGCCUUUCCAUAGGAGUUGGUUCGUCAGCCAUGAAAAUACAACGGUUUUGUGUGCGUACCCGUUGUUAAGCACCAUUUUGUUCGGCGUUUUUGGAGCUAUCUUUUCAUUGUCAUUCUUGUUAUCGUUCUGGAGAGUCGUCUCUCAUGUAAUCAACAAGGCCCUCAGGGUUCGAAUCUUUGCCCUCGCUUUCACUGUCAUCAUAACAUUGGCAUUGCAAAUCCUGUUAAUGGGGUUAUCUGUGUUUUGGACACCAGACAAGACCGCAUUCGACGGAGUUGCUCUUCUUGUAUUCCUUAGCACGUUCACGUGCGCAGUGGUUGUAGAGGGCAUUUUGGUGAUUAAACCGAUCGCAGACUCGUUGGCCGCGGGAGCAGGAGGAGGAGAGAGUUGCCAGGGGAGUCGUCACGGUGAAAGGUCGCCAGGGCUGCGGCCUGUGGAGAAUGGCGAUAGUGUUUAGGAAAUGGGAUGCCUAAGGGCGCGACAUAGUGGUGAAUCAGAUGUUGGUAGGUCGAUUUCAAAUGAUCAAAUUAUCAGGCUGAGAAGAAUUCAGAGUGCAAAUUUCAAGGAUAUGUUGGAUAAAUUGCUUUCCUCUGUAAUUGAAUCAUUUGGCAGACAGCCACACAUUACUUCUUUCUUUUUUGGUGCUGUUUAGAAUUUUGUUUUUGUUUUCCCAAUUUUACUACACAUAGAGGAAAAUACUUUUUGCACAUAAAAAUGAUAAAAAAGAGGUCCAAAUGA